AUGUCUCGAAUUGCAUUCCUUCACCCAGACUUGGGCAUUGGCGGCGCCGAAAGACUUGUCGUUGAUGCAGCUGUUGGGCUCCAGGACAAAGGCCACGACAUCACCAUCUUUACCUCCCAUUGUGACAAGACACACUGCUUCGAAGAGGUGUCCUCAGGACAGCUUAAGGUUGUGGUCCAUGGAGACUUCUUGCCUACACAGAUCCUACAAAGAUUUCACAUUGUAUUCGCCAUUCUUCGACAGUUGGUGUUGGUGAUCUCGCUAAUUUUGAGCGGCGAGAUCAAAAAGUACGACUACUUCAUCGUGGACCAGCUCUCCUUCGCUGUGCCAUUCUUGUCGAUCUUUUCAAAUAAGUCAAGCAAAGUAUUAUUCUACUGUCAUUUUCCUGAUCAGUUGCUUGUCAGGAAAGGGGGCUUGAUCAAGAAGCUUUACCGAAUGCCCUUUGAUACCAUAGAGGAGUGGACCACAGGUGUCAGCGAUCAGAUAGUGGUGAACUCCUCUUUUACCAAGAGUAUUUUUCACAAGACUUUCACUCACUUGGGACACAUAGAUCCUAAGGUCAUAUAUCCCUGUAUUGAUAAGGAUGCCUCGGUGGACAAAGCUACCGAGCAGGAGCUUCAGGAAUUCAUGAAGGAUAACAAGUUUUUUCUUUCAAUUAAUCGUUUCGAAAGACUAAAGAACUUACCAUUGGCAAUUGAGGCAUACGCUGCGCUCAAGAAACAGCAUCCAAACGAAAGACUACCAAAACUUGUGGUUGCAGGCGGCUUCGACGCUAGAGUGGCCGAGAACGUUCAGCAUCUUCGGGAGCUUGAAACAUUGUGUGAAAAGUUGGGACUUAAACAUAACACUUUCAGAGGUAAGCUUGUGAUCAUGCCUCUGAACGUCGAGGUGCUUUUCAUGCCUUCCAUAAAGACAUCCCUAAAGAAUGCCAUGCUUCGCAACGCCGAGUUGCUUCUCUAUACUCCAACCUUUGAGCACUUUGGCAUUGUGCCAGUCGAAGCAAUGUUAAACAAAUUGCCAGUUCUAGCUAUAAACCAUGGAGGACCUUUAGAGUCGAUUAUCAGCUAUGAUGGAACUAACAUACACGAAGCUACAGGGUAUAACCGUAAUGAUGAUAUCAAUGAAUGGGCGUCAGUCUUGACCGAAUUUGCAUUCCCUAGUGAUAGCAACCUUAAAGAGAGGUUGGGAGAAAAUGGCUAUAAGCGUGCUACGUCUGUUUUUAGCAGAGAAAGAAUGAGCGAGGCAUUCUACCAGGGGCUUCUAGACGCAUCCAAAAGCCACAACAAGAAGGGAGCCAUCUAUUCUUUCUUGGCGCUUUGGAAAUUGUGGUUUGCAUCACUGAUCAUUGCAUUUAUAGCGAUCGUCUAUAAGAUAUCCUUCAAUUGA